UAACCAGCCUUUCACUGGGAUAUACUGUGUACUUUACAUUCAAGUUAUUAAAGGGGAUUGUUACUUCAUAUAAUUUUUGUAUUUGAGGAAAAGAGUCAUUUUAUUUGUGGAUAUUGUUUGCCCUGUCCAGUAAAAAAAGUGUGUUCUCCCAUCAAAAAUGUAUUAAAACACAGUGUUGCUAAGAAAGAAAUAUAUGCAUCAGGAGUUUUCUGACGCUGGAUAUAUAUCUUAAGGUGAAACAACGAUUAUCAAUGAAAUUGAAGAACUUUAUUAAAAGUAUCAAAAAGUAAAACAACACUAAAGAACAACUGACACACCUAUGUCACAUGUGGUAAUGGACUAGUCUAAAUAAACUAUCCGGCCACUCGCUAUUAUAAAAAGAAAGUAGAGUUAAUCAUCUGUCAAACUUAUGCACUGAAGAUUUUCAAAAUGUUAAAAGUGGUCAGUUUGGUUGUCUUGCUGCAAGUAGUCCAUGGUAAUUUAAUUACUGGGUUUGAUGUAAAUCCAUCUUACAGGAGAGGCAAUCGUGUAUUUAAUGAAGAACAGAAUGAUGGCAGUCAACAAGCUUCCAGUAAGCCUGAUUUCUGUAAUGACUUAGACUGCCCAGCAUACACUGUUCUUGAAGAUGUUCAAGGCAAAUAUCAGAAACGACGUUAUCAAGCUUCUAAUUGGGUGACUACCCAACUUCUUGACAUGGAUUAUCAAGUGGCCCAAUCAACGAUGUUUAGGAAACUGUUUUUAUAUAUUUCUGGUAAUAACACAAGAGGUGAAAAGAUAGCAAUGACAUCACCAGUUAUAACCAGAUUAAUACCAGGACCAGGUCCAGCUUGUGAAAGUAACUUCACUAUGUCUUUCUAUAUCUCCAAUACUGUAGCCAACCCACCGACCCCAACAGACACCACAGUAAAGCUAACUCAAUUACCAGCGCUUGUCGCUUAUGUUAGGUCUUUCCCUGGUUUUGCAACUUCUGAUCUAUGGGUACAAGAAGCCACUCAGCUAGCCCAAGACUUGAAUGGAAAAUCAUUUAAUAGUGCGUACUUCUACACUGCUGGCUAUGAUGGCCCAUUUAGAGUAGUGAAUCGACAUAACGAAGUCUGGUUUUUAGCUGAAAACGCCAAACCCAAAACAUCUACGGUUGUUGGUUGAAUAAAAAUAAUGUUAAACCCCCAUUUAAA